AUGAAACUAGCAAAAUUUGUCUCCAUCACCGUGUUCCUAGGCGCAGCCUAUGGAGCUACCCUACAAACAAGAACAAACGCCUCACAGUGUCGAUGCAAGCCCAGCGAACCAUGCUGGCCAUCCCAGAACCAGUGGGCAUCUCUCAACGCCUCAGUCAGCGGCAACCUCGUCGCACUUCAGCCUGUCGCUCAUGUCUGUCACGAUCCUGGCUAUGACGCUGCAGCGUGCAAUGCGUCCAUGGCGCUCACCGAGUCCUCCGUCUGGCGUGACCAGAACCCCGGCGCCGUUCAAUGGACGAACUGGGAGGCUUGGCCAGAGCGCAGUGAGACCUGCUCCUUUGACCUCCCCAGAGAUGUUCCCUGCCGCCAGGGCCGCAUCCCUCUCUUUUCCGUCGUUGCCGAGACUGCGCAGCACAUCCAGGAGGCAGUACGCUUUGCUGCCACUCACAACGUCAGACUGGCCAUUAAGAAUACCGGUCAUUGUUUCCUCGGCCGCUCAUCCGCGCCUGAAUCGCUGCAGAUUGCCACCUAUAAAAUGAACAAGAUGGAUUUUGUAGACAAAUUUGUCCCCGAGGGCGCACACAGCAAAACGUCCAUGGGAUCCGCAGUGACCCUCGGGGCUGGCGUUGUGCUCAUGGACAUUUACGCCGAGACGAGCAAACGCAAUCUCACCGCCGUCGUUGGUCUGUCGCAUACUGUCGGUGCUGCUGGCGGCUAUAUCCAAGGCGGCGGCCACUCGCCGUUGGGUCCCUGGAAGGGGAUGGCCUCGGAUAAUGCUCUACAGUUUCGAGUUGUCACGGCUGAUGGAAAGUUGGUUGUUGCUAAUGAAUACCAGAAUAGAGACCUCUUUUGGGCGCUUCGAGGCGGUGGUGGCGGUACCUUUGGCGUGGUCGUCGACGUUACGAUCCGCACGUUCCCUGACGUCCCAGCUCUGGCUCUUAUGUCUGACAUUACCCUUCCUGGACCAGCCGACGACAGGUUUUGGGAUACUUUGGCAGCUCUCCACCGACGUCUCCCGGCUCUCGCCGAUGCUGGGGGCAGCGGUUACUAUUUUUUCCUGCCCAAUUCUGAUCAAAACGGCGCACCCGUUGCCUCCAUCACCAUUCUCAUGUUCUUCCCCGACAAGACGGACAAGGCGCCCGUCGCCAAGAUUGCGGAUGCAUUCAUCCAAGAAGCCCGCAAAUCCGCACCCAGCGCCAACUACACCCUUGAGCUGGCACCAACGCUCGGUGGCUCGAUCGCCUACGAGCUGGCCCAGACGCCGUACGACCCUACCGGGGGAAUUGCCAUUUUGGGCUCCCGUAUGAUCUCGCGCAAUCUCCUCAGUCAGACAGAUGGGGCGCAGCGCCUAAGCAAAGCACUUCGCGACAUCUACGAAGGCAGCGGCAACAAGACUGGAUAUACCGGGCACUUCAUCGCCGACGGAGCGGUUGCCAGGAAUGACAAGAUCAAGUCGGCGCUCAACCCUGCCUGGCGCAAGACUAUUACUCAUAUUGUCUUUAGCCGAGACUGGGCACCCAAUGCCACUCUUGCGGAGCAGAGAGCUGUGCAGGAGAAGCUCACCAAUGUUGAGGUCCCCAUUCUCAAGGCGCUCGAGGAAGGUAUGGGUGCGUACCUGAACGAGGCCGACCCCUUUGAGGCCGAUUUCCAGCAAUCUUUCUGGGGUGAGAACUACAAGAGACUGUAUCGCAUCAAGCAGCAUGUUGACCCCAAGGGCCUGUUUAUUGCACGGAGCGGCGUCGGCAGCGAAGACUGGGACGCCGAUGGGCUCUGCCGUGUCCGCAAACCGUCAACGGGCAAUUUGUCACAGCUGCGACUCUAG